UUUGCUUCUCUUCUUCACCUUUCCCAAACCCAGCCCCUUGAUUCCUUCCCCUCCAAUUGAUUUCUCUUUCAUGUGGCUCCGAUCUUCCUGCAAGUAAUCCCAAUCCCUGUGUUCUUCACAUUUACAGUCUCCGAAGAGGCAUGAGUUGCAACGGCUGCCGAGUUCUUCGAAAGGGAUGCAGUGAGAACUGUAUAUUGCGACCUUGCUUGCAGUGGAUCGAUACCCCUCAAGCCCAGGGUUACGCCACUGUAUUCGUUGCUAAAUUCUUUGGCCGUGCAGGCCUCAUGUCUUUCAUUUCUAACGUCCCUCCCAACCAGAGACCUGCUCUGUUUCAGUCCUUGUUGUUUGAGGCGUGUGGGCGAACGGUCAACCCUGUGAACGGAGCCGUCGGCCUUCUAUGGACAGGAAACUGGCACGUGUGCCAGGCCGCUGUGGAGACUGUGCUGCGCGGUGGCACGUUGAAGCCCAUGCCGGAGCUUCUAGGCCUGGAUGCUCCGGUGCCGGCCGCAGCCACGGACGAGGCAUCUGAAGCAGAGGUUACGUGCAAUGACAUGUGGAAGAUCCGAGAUCCCAACUCGAAUUUGCGAUGUAAUAACAAGGUCUCUCCCGGCGGCAAACUCAGAUCGUCCGAUGACUCUGCCAUGCUCCAAACGACCGAUCUGGACCUCCGAUUGACGCCGACCGUCCUCCAAAAAGUGCCUGCCUACGGCUGGCAGCCGGAAGUCAGGCGGCCGGGUUCGCCUUCGAUGAACUCGGAAGAAUCAGUGACGACGGUGACUUGUUUGGAAAGUGGGAUCGGGGAUCACCAUGCUCACGGCGGAGACCCGAAGCUUCUCAACCUAUUCAUUUGAGAGGUCUCUCUAGUCUCUACCCAUCUGAGAUUCAUGUUUUCGUCAAGGAAACGUCACGCGCGCGCGUAGUCGGGUGUAAUAUUCCUAUAUUAAUUAACUAUCUGUUUAUUUAUUACAUGCUUUACUUGGGGGAAGACGGCUUUCCCGGAAAUUUUGAAUCCGGCGAGUUUUUUUGCAAGAUACCGGCACAGGAUUUCUCUCUAGUUUGUGUUUCUAGACCGAGAGAGAAAGAUGAAGGUUCGUCGGUGAUCCUUCUCUCGUUUUUGCUCUUUUCCUAAAUCAAAUGUAUUUUUUUUUUUCACUUACUCGCCUAUACAUGUAAAAGCCGUGUGACAUGAAUAAUGUAAGAAGAAUCUCAGAUAUUUACAGUCGCUUCAGUUAUUUAUUA